AUGGCAGAAACAAAGAAAGCAGAGCUUGUUUUCAUUCCUGCUCCAGGAAUGGGUCACUUGGCAUCAACUAUUGAGAUGGCUAAGCUUCUCACUGAUAGAGAUGAACGCCUCUCAAUCACUGUCUUCAUCAUGAACUUGCCAAUGGAGUCGAAGACCGAUUCCUUGUCCCUAAAAUCCAAUUCGCGCAUACGUUUCAUAGAAUUUUCUCUCGACCUGCCCAUCACGCCCAACAGCCUUCCCACACAUUUCAUCGAAAACCACAAGGAUCCCGUAAGAGAUGCUGUAGCGAAAAUAGUCCAUGAUGAGUCCAACUCGAUUAGACUUGCUGGAUUUGUUAUUGAUAUGUUCUGCACAGCCAUGAUCGACAUAGCCAAUGAGUUUGGGGUCCCAACUUAUGUCUUCUUUACAUCUAGUGCAGCGGCGCUUGGCUUCAUCUUCCAUUUGCAGAGUCUUAGCGACAAACAGAACCUGGACGUCGCUGAGUACAAGAACUCGGAUGCUGAGUUAUUGGUUCCAACGUAUAUAAAUCAGGUUCCUGCUAAAGUGUUUCCUUCUCCUUUCUUUGAAAAGGAUGGCUUGGCUAUGUUCCUCAGCAUGGCGAGACAGUUUAGAAAGACCAAGGGAAUUAUGAUAAAUACCUUCUGGGAUUUGGAAGCCUAUGCAAUGAAGUCCCUCUCUGAUUAUGAGAAUAUCCCACCGGUCUACUCUAUAGGCCCGAUACUUCAUGUUAACGCUAAAAGUGACGACAACAAAGAAUGUAAUGAGAUCAUGAAGUGGCUAGACGAACAACCUGUUUCUUCUGUUGUGUUUCUUUGCUUUGGAAGUAUGGGAUAUUUUAACGGUGACCAGGUUAAAGAGAUUGCGAUUGCACUUGAACAGAGUGGCCACCGGUUCUUGUGGUCGUUGAGAAAGCCUCCUCCCAAUGACAGAUUCAAGUAUCCAUCAGAGUACGAAAAUCCUGAUGAAGUAUUGCCAGAAGGGUUCUUGCAACGCACUGCAGGAUUUGGGAAGGUAAUAGGAUGGGCGCCACAAGUAGCCGUCUUAUCUCACCCUUCGGUGGGAGGCUUUGUGUCUCAUUGUGGGUGGAACUCGACUUUGGAAAGUGUUUGGUGUGGAGUGCCAAUAGCAGCAUGGCCAAUGUAUGCCGAGCAGCAAGUUAAUGCGUUCGAGUUGGUGAAGGACUUGGGAAUUGCUGUGGAGAUUAAGAUGGACUAUAUGAGAGGCAGUGGUGUGAUUGUGGAGGCUGAAGAAAUAGAGAAGGGAAUCAGGAGCCUAAUGGAGCCUGAGAGUGAAAUGAGGACUAGGAUAAAACAGAUGAAACAUAACAGUAGAAUGACUUUGAUGGAAGGUGGCUCGUCCAAUGAAGAUGAAGCUGAUGGUUAUUUAUUAAAUACUAUCUUUGAAGUCCUAGAUAUAUUUAAGUAUUUUACUUUCGUACGUAUGAGCGGGAAGAACCUUGGAAAUGGAUGUAAAGAAAAUAAAACUCUGGAGAAGAUUAAUCGAGUAACAGGGAAUUAA